GGGGCGGCUGCUGUGGCAGUAGCCGCCGCCCAGUGUUUUCGCGCUCCUCCUUUUUCCUCCUUCCCUUUCUCCUCCUCCUUAGAGUCCCAUUCUGGCCGACCUGUUCUGCUCGCGGUCAGAAAAUUAAGACCUAACUUGCUACCUUGUCUGGAGUCACAUGGUGACUCUACAACUUGAUGGAUGACAAUAAAUCUUUUCAACCAAAAAAUAAUUCAAAAAUGGCAGAACUCUUUAUGGAAUGUGAAGAAGAAGAACUGGAACCAUGGCAGAAGAAAGUAGAAGAAAAGCAGGAUGAGGAUGAUGAUGAGCUGAUCUUUGUUGGAGAGAUAUCAAGUUCAAAACCAGCCAUUUCAAAUAUUUUGAACAGAGGUAACUCCAGCUCAUCUUCAAAGGCAAUAAAGAAUGAGGUACUCAGUCAAGGUGUUCCUGAUGCAUUCAAGCCUACAAGUCCACACUACAAAGACCCAGUAUCAAAUCCAGUGGCUGCCUUACCUAGAUUUCAUCCUCAAUCUAAACCUUCACAAAGCUCUAUUAUUCAGAACGUGUCUAAAUCUUCAUUUAUAAGGAGUUCAUCACAAGUUGAAAUGGAUGAUUCUUCUGAUUUACUGUUUGACCUGACCCAGGACACAAUACCACCAUCCCAAGGCGGAUCGAAAGUUUAUACAGAAGCUGUGGGUGAAACUCUACCUAUAAGAAAACGUCCUAGUAUUAUAGCAAACAGAGUUCAUCCAAAAAAGCCAAAGACCAGUGACGAUGUUUCUGAAAUAGGUUCGUGUGCUACAUUAUCUUUAGACAGCUCUCCUUCAGUGACAUCCUCCUCAGUUAUGACAUCAAAAGGUACCUCAUCAACUGAACAUAAAACUGGAAAGCCUUUUCAAAGAUCUUGUCCAAAGUGCAAUGUUCAGUUCAAUAAUUUGGAUGCUUUGAAGUAUCACAUGAAGCGUUGUUGUCCAGGCAUGAUAAAUAAGUUUUUGGAGAUGAUUAAAGUAGAAAUUUCAAGUACUGAAAAGAAAACUAAGACUGGUGCAGACAAAGAAAAAUUGAUCAUGUUAGUUAGUGACUUUUACUACGGAAAACAUGAAGGAGAUAUUGACAAUGAAGAAAAGACUUACACAACCUUUAAAUGCUUCAGUUGCUCAAAAGUUCUUAAAAAUAAUAUUAGGUUUAUGAACCACAUGAAACACCAUUUGGAACUUGAGAAGCAGAACAGUGAGAGCUGGGAAAGCCACACCACCUGCCAGCACUGUUAUCGUCAGUAUCCUACACCAUUCCAGCUGCAGUGUCACAUUGAGAGUACACACACACCUCAUGAGUUUUCUACGAUUUGUAAAAUCUGUGAAUUAUCAUUUGAAACAGAACAUACUCUUUUACAACAUAUGAAGGACACUCAUAAACCCGGUGAAAUGCCAUAUAUUUGCCAGGUUUGCCAGUUUAGAUCAUCAACAUUUUCUGAUGUAGAAACUCAUUUUAGAGCAUCCCAUGAAAACACAAAGAACUUGCUGUGUCCAUUUUGCCUCAAAGUUAGUAGAAUGGCAACCCCCUACAUGAAUCAUUACAUGAAACAUCAGAAAAAAGGAGUUCAUCGUUGUACAAAAUGCAGACUUCAAUUUUUGACCAGCAAGGAGAAACUGGAUCACAAGACCCAGCAUCGGACUUUUAUAAAACCUAAAGAACUAGAAGGCUUGCCUCCUGGUUCAAAAGUUACUAUUCGAGCUUCAUUUGGAUCUCAUUCAAAGCCAUCAACUGCAUCUUCCAGUGAUACUCCAAGCACUUCUUCUCUUCAGGUCUCACCUCCAAAGUCUAAAAAUACAACUGCUAAAAGCUCCACAAAAUCAAAUGCAAGUAAAUCUAAGAUACGUAAGGUUCGUUCAACUAUUUCCAGUACAAGUAAAGUAGCUAAUUCAAGUAAGCAAGGUAAAGGUGCAUCUAAAUGCAAAGGAAAAACCUCUUGCAAGCAAAAGAAACAACGAAACAGAAAGAACAAAAUCAUCAUAGCUUUGAAGAACUUAAGGUGUUAUCGAGGAGUUCACAAGUGCAUUGAGUGUCAUUCCAAAAUUAAAGAUUUUGCGAGCCACUUUUCAAUACAUAUCCACUGUAAUUUUUGCAAAUACAACACUAACUGUAACAAAGCCUUUAUAAAUCAUAUGGUGAGUUAUCAUAGCAGCCAUCCAAGUAAACAGUCUCCUCUUUUUCAUAAACAUUGUGGAACUCUCAGGGGCAUUACUCUAGUGUGCCUUAAAUGUGAUUUUCUGACUGAUUCUUCUGGCUUAGAUCGUAUGGCUAAACACUUAAGUCAACGUAAAACUCAUACUUGCCAAGUUGUAAUAGAGAAUGUUCCCAAAAGUACCUCAACUUCUGAAUCCACUUCUGACUGCUUGUUGAAAUAGAUUCCUGCUCUAUGGAGCUCGUGCAACCUGGUGCAAGACAAGUUGGAAUUUCCUAAGUUCAAAGUUCUGAAGUGUUUUCUUACACAGAGCCAGUUUCCUAAGUUCAAAGUUCUGAAGUGUUUUCUCACACAAAAAUGGUUAAAUACCCAAGUUCAUGACACUAGCUCUCAUUAUUUAGCUCUUUUCAGCUUUCAGAUGGCACUAGAUUCUUAUUCCACCUUAUCUUUGUGUCAGGUUAACAUAUCUUAACAUGCUCUUUUUUUCUCCAGUUGGCUCUCUCCAAAAAUAACUUUUUGUUUGCUAUGGUCUUUCUUUGCUUUGCUUUAAAAUAAUUUGUGUUUUUCUCUGCUGUACUUGCCUUCAGAAUAUUGCAUUCCAAAUGAUAUGGCUAUUCAUCUUUUUUGUCUGUUUUGUCUGACUUAUUAGUUAAUUUCAUAUAAAUCUUACAUUUUUAGGUCAGAUAGCUGUCUUCUCGUUCCUUGUCUGUCAUUGUUCUAUUUUUCAUAUUUUUCAGAUGCAGAAGCAACACAGAAAU